AUGUCAUCCUCUACAGGGUUUAGCUCUGCAGAGAAAAAAUCUAAAGCAAAAUUAAGACAAGAAGUAGAUGAAAUACCAAGUGACAACGAAGACAAAGAAGUUAUCCUUAACGAAAAGGAAGAUCUAUCUAAAGUGAAACCCAUCCUUACACCAAAGAAGAAAUGUAAUGUGUUAUUACGUUUGGAAUCCAUCUUAAUGCCAUUGAUCUUUACCGGGUUGGCAAUCUUCAUCAGAAUGUACAAAAUCGGCGCCAAUGACCGUGUCGUUUGGGAUGAAGCACAUUUCGGUAAGUUUGGAUCAUAUUAUUUAAGACAUGAAUUCUAUCAUGAUGUUCAUCCUCCAUUAGGUAAGAUGUUAGUGGGACUUUCAGGCUAUUUAGCAGGUUACAAUGGAUCCUUUGAUUUUGAUUCAGGUGAAAAAUACCCUGACUAUGUAGAUUUUGUCAAGAUGAGAAUCUUUAAUGCUGCGUUUUCUGCUAUGUGUGUCCCUGUAGCUUAUUACACUGGUAAAGCUAUUGGAUUUUCUUUACCAUCCGUUUGGUUCUUUACUGUGUUAGUUCUUUGUGAAAAUUCUUACACCACUUUGGGGAGAUUCAUUUUAUUGGAUUCCAUGUUAUUAUUCUUUACCGUGGCAUCAUAUAUGUGUUUCGUCAUUUUCCAUAAUCAAAAAAAGAAACCAUUCUCUAGAAAAUGGUGGAAAUGGUUGAUACUAACAGGUAUCAGUCUGGGAUGUGCCAUUUCAGUUAAGAUGGUUGGUUUAUUCGUCAUUACUUUAGUCGGAAUUUACACUGUCGUGGAUUUAUGGAACUUCUUAGGUGAUAAAUCUAUGUCUUGGAAAACUUACAUUUUCCAUUGGUUAGCUAGAAUUGCCUGUCUAAUCAUUAUUCCCUUCUUAGUAUUCUUAGGUUGUUUCAAAAUCCAUUUCGAUCUGUUAUACCACUCAGGAUCAGGUGAUGCAAAUAUGCCAUCAUUAUUCCAAGCAAAUUUAGUAGGUUCAGAAGUCGGAUUGGGUCCUCGUGAUGUCGCCAUCGGUUCAUCUACUGUCUCCAUUAAAAAUCAAGCUCUUGGUGGCGCUUUAUUACAUUCUCAUGUUCAAGGGUACCCAGAAGGUUCUCAUCAACAACAAGUCACUGCUUACAGUUAUAAGGAUCCAAAUAAUGAGUGGUUCUUCGAUAGAGCUAGAGGUUUACCAAAUUGGAAUGAAAACGAAACUGAUGUGGAAUUUGUCCUCGCUGAAUCCACUUAUAGAUUAGUUCACAAGAGUACCGGGAAAAGUUUACACAGCCAUCCAGUCGCUGCUCCAAUCUCUAAAACUCAAUGGGAAGUUUCAGGUUAUGGUGAUGCUGAGAUUGGUGAUCAACGAGAUAAUUGGAUCAUUGAAGUUGUCGAUCAAAGAGGUUCUGAAAAUACCACUAAAUUACACCCUUUGACUACAUCUUUCCGUCUUUAUCAUCCCGAUAUGGAUUGUUAUUUGGCUCAAACAGGUAGUCAAUUACCAGAAUGGGGGUUCAAACAAUUGGAAGUCGCAUGCAUGAAAAAUCCAUUUAAGAGAGAUAAGAGAACAUGGUGGAAUAUUGAAACUCAUGAAAAUUCCGUUUUACCUCCAAGGCCAGAAGAUUUCAAAUACCCAAGGACAAACUUCUUUAAGGAUUUCAUCCAUUUGAAUUUAGCUAUGAUGGCUACUAAUAAUGCUUUAGUUCCAGAUGCUGACAAAUAUGAUCUUUUAGCUUCCUCAGCAUGGCAAUGGCCUACUCUAUACCUAGGUUUAAGAAUCUGUGGUUGGGGUAACGAUACUGUGAAGUAUUUCUUGUUGGGUACUCCAGUUUCCACUUGGGCAUCAUCUGUUGCUAUCAUUGGUUUAAUGGCCUUCAUUGUUAUUUUGUUAUUAAGAUGGCAAAGACAAUACACUGAUUUGCGUAAUGCUAAUGAUUUGAAUACAUUCUUAAUGGGUGGGUUCUAUCCAUUAUUAGGUUGGGGUCUACAUUAUACACCAUUUGUUAUUAUGUCAAGAGUUACAUAUGUCCAUCAUUACUUGCCUGCACUAUAUUUCGCGUUAAUUAUCCUUACAUACGUUUUGGAUGCUAGUUUGAAACGUGUCAGCGGAAGCAAAUUGGGAUGCUUAGUAAAGACAGUCGCAUAUUUGACUGCAUUUACUUCAGUCAUUGGUUGUUUCUGGUAUUUCUCUCCAAUAUCUUUCGGUAUGGAAGGUCCAAAGGAGAAUUAUGCUUAUUUGAACUGGUUACCAACUUGGAAUAUCGCAACUGAAACUGAUUAG